CGUGAUGAAAGAGUCAGCUGACUUAUCGACGUAAUGACUGACGUAACUUUGCGGAAAGAAACCACGUUGGUGUGCGCCUGCGCUCUUUUACUGGAGUCGUCUACCCGGCACGAGGACAAGACAAGUCUCUUUUUAAAGCUUAACUGUGAUUAUUUGACCGAACAUGCCUGGAGAUAUUAAUAAAGGAAAAAAGGCCUUCGUUCAGAAGUGUGCCCAGUGCCAUACUGUUGAGGAGAACGGGAAGCAUAAGGUCGGUCCAAACCUUUGGGGGUUGUUUGGACGUAAAACAGGCCAGGCAGAGGGCUAUUCCUACACAGACGCCAACAAAAGCAAAGGUAUUGUUUGGGAUGAGGACACCCUAAAUGUGUAUUUAGAAAACCCAAAGAAGUACAUUCCUGGAACUAAGAUGAUCUUUGCUGGCAUCAAAAAGAAGAAUGAAAGAGUUGAUCUUAUAGCAUACCUGAAGUCUGCAACUUCAUAAAGAACUCUGUUCGCAUGUUAUUUUAUCUGUAUCGUUAAUAUCAAAAUCCUGCAAAUAUGACAACCACAGUGUUUUUUGGCAUCUCGACUCGCUGCAUGUAUCACAGCUCUACCUCCAAAUUCAAAACUUACUUUUUUUUUCUGCCUUAACUAUUUUUCUAAAUAAGUUAUUGAAAUUCUUCAACAGAAUAUUAUGUAGGAAGGUUGGCUGUCAUAAUGGUUUUAAGAGCUGUGAUCUUGUAGAAACCUAGAUAUAGCAGUAGUAUUUACUACAUGUUUCUUUGAUGUUAUGAAUCUAUUUUAAAUGUUUUCUAACUGUGCCCUUUAGUCCACCACAGGGCAACUGUAUCAUAUAAUGAAUUAAAUUUAUUAAAAAUUACACUAAAUGGA